UAAAGGAGCAUGUUUUAUCCAUGCACGAUGUAACAACAAGAUCAAGGUGUCCACGUUCUCUAGAACCACCUCUGAGUAAUGAAAUAAUGUUAUUGACCUACAUAGCUUCAUGUUUAAGCAUUUAUGAUGCUUAUUUGACGUAAAUAAAACAGCAAAAAGCAGACGACGGACACGGAACUUUGAAUUGUCAAACAAAUAAACAAACAUUAACCUCACUUUCAAUACUUUUUAUAAUACAAGCAUAGCAUAUUGGAAAGAUCUUAUUAUAGAAUAAUUAGUCUACGCCAAUUGUGAUAUUUUAUUUUACUAUAUUGAGCUUAAUAUGAAGGAUUCAGGAAAAACAGUUUUUAUUUUUCGAUCCACAACCGAAGUGAGCUCUAAUGAUAAAGAUACUUAUACUGAGGAAUUAGAAAAGCGAGGUAUCUUCACAAAAACUAUACCUGUAUUGGAUUUUUCAUUUAAAAACUUAGCAUUAUUAAAUGAAAAACUCAACCAUCCAGAACAAUUCUCUGGUCUUAUUUUUACCAGUCCAAGAUGUGUACGAGCUGUGAUUAACGCAAUUAGAACUCCUGACAACUUACGAAAAGAAUGGCAUGACCUAAAUAAUUUUUCAGUGGGUGAAACCACAGCCUGCUUGGCAAACGAAUGCCUACAAAUCAAUACACAAGGAAGUUGCACUGGAAAUGGAGUAAACCUGGCACCUAUCAUAUUAAGCAAUCAAGAAACUGACGAAGAUCACGAUUUUACACCUGAACAGAAGAAAAUAUUGUCGCCAUCAAAUUCUGGAGCUGUAUCAUCGUUUGUUUGCUCUCCAUCAGCACGGCAAGAUGGAGGAAACAACCAAGACGUAGUGGCAUCAGUUGACUGCUCUAUUCGUCACACUUCUCCUCAUCAGCCUCAAAUUCUACCAGGGGAUUUUCCGGUGCAAAAACUUUCAGGUGCCCCCAGUAAGCCGUUGCUGCUGCCCUGUGGCAACCUGAAGAUGGACACUCUAGAGAAGCUACUGGCCGAGGGGGGAGUGAGUACAGAGGCUGUGGAGGUGUAUGAGACUGUACCUCACCCCCAGCUAGAGUCUCUUCUGUGUUCAGCUCUGGCUGAGACUGUACCCACUCAUAUGGCGUUCUUUAGUCCUUCAGGAAUACAUUACUCGUACCCUAUAUUGAAAAAAUUAAACAUCGACUUGGAUAAAAUCAAGUGGGUUUCUAUAGGACCUACCACAGCUGCAGCUCUACAGUCAUAUCAGCUGACUGUGCAUUGUACAGCUGACAAACUCACCCCACAGUGCCUGGCUCAGUCUAUAGCCUCAUCAUGACUCAAGUAGCUACCGCUUUUACACCAGAGUAGGCCUACACAACAGCAAUAUGUUUCAAACUUGCUGUAAUAGUAUAUUACGUUAAUAGUCCUAUAAAAAAAGGGUUUACAGGAAGAGUGUUGUCAUUACCUUCCAGACAAAGUUGGGUGCUGGAUUACCAUACGAGUCCGGUAAACACAUUUUGGGUGAGUGACUGGCCUACAAUAUUUUGCGCCAUAUUACUCUAAGCGAAAUUAACAAUAAAAACUCUAUACAAUUCCUUAUAUUUUCACGACUAAAGGACUAACAAUCACUCAUAACCUCUAAGAGAGGUUAUGUGUUUGUUUAAACCACUCAUAGCCAUAUAUAAUCAGCUGGUUGGUGUCCAAACUCAUUACAGUACAGUAGUAUGUAAUGAACCCCCUUUUGAUUAAGUUGGUGGCAAACAGCUAAUUUCUGGAUUAAACCCUUGCGUGGGAUGUUUGUUAAAACAGUGUAGUGUGGUGUAAACAAAAUAAUGUAACAACUCCUUGUGGAAACAAAAUAAUUGUUGUAAAUACUGAAAAACUGCUAAAAACGUCAGAAUGAUUUAAUCAAAAAACAAAAGUUCUUUGAACUGGUGUGAGCUUUUGCUCCAAACUUUACUCAAAAUUUGCAAACUCCUGUGUAAAUGUGGCUUAUAAGUCAGUAACCAAUGUUUUUUUUUUUCUUUACUUAAUAAUGCUGACUUUAGUUGAUUAGUUUUAUAGAUUUUUAUGAUUUAUCUUUCUUUUUUGUUACAUUGAUAAGGGUGUGUUAAAAGUUUAUUAUUAGAUACUUUUACAAAUCAGUAAAUCUUGCCAGUAGUAUUUGUUUUGCAAAAAAAAAAAAGUAUUAAAUGCUUUUACAACAUGUGACAUGUAACACUCUACAUGUCACAUCAUUAUAAUUUUUGAUAAUUUUUUGGGGCAUUAUAUUAAAAAUUCACUUCUCCUUUUCCUAUAGUUGUGCAUCACAAUCUCGAGUGAUUUUUAAAAUCCGCUAUAUACCAUUGUUUUGUACAGAUAUUAAAAAAAUAUCAGGUUUAUUGCAAGAAUAAAGCACGAGCAUUCGACAGACAGAGAAAAUAUUCAUCCUUAUUUCAUAACUGAGCCAAGUUUAAGGUUCCUUUUGGCUCUUCCCAGAUAGAUUUUAACUUUAAUUAGUCUAUAUUUUUCUUACCAAAAAUACAUAUACUAUCUGGUUCAGUUCACACAAAUAUGCU